AUGACACCUCCUAUCGACAAGCCUCAUUGUCAUAGUGCUUUAUUUAUCUGGUCUUCUUCAUGGAAUUUGGUUUUAUUCCUGGUUAUCCCUUUGGUUGUGUUUUCAGUUCUUGUUUCUACAUUGACCCCUCAGCCCUUUUCUUUGUCUCCAUUGUCUGCUCCUUGGACAUGGCGAUUUGACUCUUUUGCUUCUUAUCGUUCUUCACUAAUUGAAGGAACUGCAACUAACGAUUCCAACAACAAUGGUUCCUUCUCCAAAGGAUUCUCCACAGAUUCUUCUUUCCUGGAAGCUGAAACAGAUUAUUUUGCCUCCAAUAAGUCCUUUUCAGUUGCAUUUAUUGAGAGAGAAACGGUUCAACUUCAGAACAUGUCAAAGAAUAACGAAUGUGGAGAAAUUGAUGUUUCAUCCACGACAAGAGUUGUAAUAAAGAGAAACAGCAAGUUGGACAGGCUUGAAGCAAAUUUGGCAAGGGUUCGAUCCUCCAUAAAAGAGGCUGCUCGAGUUAGGAAUUUGACAUCGAUCCAUCAAGACCCCCAUUAUGUGCCUCAUGGCCCUAUAUACAGGAAUGCAAAUGCUUUUCAUAGGAGUUACUUAGAGAUGGAAAAGCUCUUCAAGAUUUAUGUGUACCAGGAAGGGGAGCCACCGAUGUUCCAUAACGGUCCAUGCAGGAGCAUAUAUUCCUCGGAGGGAAGGUUCAUUCAUGAAAUGGAAAAGGGAAAAUUUUAUAGAACUGAAGACCCUGAUGAGGCAUUGGUUUAUUUCCUUCCAUUCAGUGUUGUCAUGCUGGUUCAAUACCUCUAUGAACCUGAAACCUUUAACACAGAUGCCAUUGGACGGGCCGUUGUAGACUACAUCGAUGUCAUUGCCAGAAAACAUCCUUACUGGAAUCGAAGCCUUGGAACCGACCAUUUCAUGCUCUCCUGCCAUGAUUGGGGGCCGCGGGCAUCCUCCUAUGUUCCCCACUUGUUCAACAAGUCCAUUAGAGUUUUAUGUAAUGCAAACACAUCUGAAGGAUUCAAUCCCGCAAAAGAUGCCUCAUUUCCAGAAAUCAAUCUUUUAACAGGUGAAGUGGAAGGGCUAUUAGGUGGUCCUUCCCCCUCUCGUCGAUCCAUUCUUGCCUUUUUCGCUGGUCGUCUCCAUGGCUACAUCAGGUACCUCCUCCUGAAAGAAUGGAAAGACAAACAGGACCCUGAUGUCCAAGUCUACGACCAACUUCCCAAGGGAGUUUCAUACAUGUCAAAGCUGAAGAACAGCAGGUUUUGCCUAUGCCCGAGUGGAUACGAAGUGGCAAGCCCAAGAAUCGUGGAGGCUAUCUAUGCAGAAUGUGUUCCAGUGCUGAUUUCAGACAGCUAUGUGCCCCCUUUCAGUGAUGUCCUGAAUUGGAAUUCAUUCUCAGUUCAGGUUCCUGUCAAGGACAUCCCUAACAUCAAAAAGAUCCUGAUGGGCAUUUCUCAGAGGCAGUAUCUGAGAAUGCAAAUGAGAGUGAAACAAGUGCAAAGACAUUUUGUGGUGAAUGCAACUCCCAAAAGAUAUGAUGUCUUCCACAUGAUUUCUCACUCUAUUUGGCUUAGAAGGUUAAACGUUCACAUUCAGGAUUUUGAUCAUUCUUGA